GCGUCAGUUAUAUUUCAAAGUUCUAAAAAUGGUUCUCUAUUCCACAAAAACAAUGUUCACAUUCAUCUUCUUCUUCCUCAUACUCUCUCCACACUUCACUGAUUCUGCUUCUAUUGAUUUCAAUGCACCCGUCUUGCUCAAAACUUCUCCGAACCAAUUCAUUAACUCUGCCAAACAAGUUAUCACCAAUCUUCAACAAGUCACUACCAUUUUAUCACGCUUCAACGUUAACGCAGCCCACCCUCGUGUCUCUAAUGCCAUUUCCGAUUGCCUCGAUUUAAUCGACUUGUCCACGCAAAAUCUUCAUUGGUCCAUUUCCGCCAUUCAAAAUCCUAAUGGGAAGGAUAACAGUACUGGAAAUCUAAGCGCUGAUCUAAGAACAUGGCUGAGCGCUGUUCUUGUGAAUCAAGACACGUGUAUAGAAGGAUUACAAGGUACAAAUGUGAAGGGUCUUGUAUACACUGAUUUUGAUCGUGUAAAAUCGGUGGUGAAGAAUCUUCUUGAUGAAGUAAUACCUGUUAAUGAUCACCUCACAACCGCUAUUGGCUCGGAUCGAUUUCCUUCAUGGAUUAAAGACAACGAUGUCCAUCUGUUACGAGCAAAGAAAGUGAAAGCAGAUGCUGUUGUGGCUGCUGAUGGAAGUGGGAAUUACCGUAGAGUGAUGGACGCGAUAUCGGCAGCACCUGAAAACAGCAAGAAAAGAUAUGUUAUACGUGUGAAAAAAGGUGUUUAUAUUGAGAAUGUGGUGAUUGAUGAGAAGAAAUGGAAUAUUAUGAUGUUCGGGGAUGGUAUGGAUGCUACUGUUAUCUCCGGUAAUCGGAAUAACGUCGACGCUUAUAUGAUUCCCAAAACAGCUACCUUUGCUGUUAAGGGUAGAGGGUUCAUUGCACGCGACAUUUCGUUUAGGAACACCGCAGGCCCCGACAAGCACGUUGCAGUGGCAUUACUAUCAAGCUCUGAUCUCUCUGUAUUUUAUCGUUGUGGGAUAUACGGUUAUCAAGCCAGCCUAUACGCCCAAGUCAUGCGUCAAUUCUAUAGAGAGUGCAAAAUCACUGGUACCUUAGAUAUCAUUUUUGGGGACGCCACUGCCGUGUUCCAGAAGUGUCAAAUACUAGCCAGGCAAGGAUUGGAAGAUCAAGAAAACACUAUUACUGCUCAAGGACGACGAUAUCCUAGGCAACCAACCGGUUUCUCCUUCCAAUUUUGCAACAUUUCAGCGGAGACCAACGUAAUCAACCCAACAUUCCUUGGUAGACCCCAACAGAAGUAUUCGCGAACAAUUUUCAUGCAAUCCUACCUAAGUGACGCCAUACACCCAGAAGGGUGGUUACCAUGGAUGGGAAUUUUACAUAGGGAUACAUUGUACUAUGGUGAAUACAAGAACUAUGGACCAGGUUCUGUAGUCACUAACAGAGUGAAAUGGCCGGGAUACCAUGUUUUGAAUGAUCCGAAAGAUGUUAUUAAGUACACCGUGGCUCAAUUUAUUGACGGGGAUAGUUGGUUGCCUGCCACUGGUGUUCCUUAUGAUUCUGGUCUAACAGUAAAGAAUAUUUAACAUGACAUAUUAAAUG